AUGGAGGGCCUCUUUAUGCAGGUCUUCGAGCGCCGGGACUGGGUCACCGGGCAGAUGCGCCAGCAGGUCGACUCCCACGCCGAGUCCCUCGCCUGCGCCUUCCUCGCUGCCGAGCUAAAUGGCAAACCUAUUGUUCCGGGUUUACUUUUCGCUGGAAGCCAGAUUACUACACCAGCAACCAACAGAACCUUCUUUCAGCCGCGAGCUGUUCCUAGCAUUUCACUCAGAAAUGUGGGGGUUCCAAAUGGAUAUGCUGGUCGAGACUCUAUUUGUGACACCGUGGAUACUAACCAACAUGAAGUGCCUCAGCAAAAGCAGGUUUCAGUUGACCAGGAGAUAUUUGAGCCUAGUUCUGAAGUCAACAUGUUCUCUGUGGUAAAGCGUUCCAGGUCAAGGCAGCGGCAUAUUGAAGAUCGGUCGCGUGAGAAGGGUCAAGCGACAAAUAGUGGAAUCAGGGAUGUUAUGCAAGACAGGAUGCAGAGGUCUGAACUUGCAACUGCAGGUUUGAACAAAACAACUGCAUCAUUAUCCUCCAAACCAUGUGGUGACGGUGAAAACAAUGCUGGAACAACGACCACUUUGCCAGGUCAGGAGAAAGGUUUUUAUGCCAAUCAGGAUAGAUCAACUGAAUUCGUCAAGUGCAGUAAAGAUGGUGAUCCUGGAAAUCAAGGAGUUAAGUUAGAUUGUUCUCAAAAUCAGAUUGUCAAUUCUGAUAAUAAUGUCAUGGUUUCUGCUAGAAGUUCUUUUGGAGUGCAAGUUACAGGCUCUGCGUGCCAUGCACUCCCUGAAACUUAUCUGUCGGUUGAGCCGAAAAAACUUCAAUUCGAUGGUGUUGAAUCAGUUUGCAUGAAUCCUGCAAGUGAACAGACGAUGCAGCAACCAGUAUGUACCCUGGAAGGUGCCAAUCUUGAUCUUGCUGAGGCACAUCCCUUAAAUGAAGACCCGUCUUCUACCAGCUAUUCUCAAGUUCCUCAGGAGCAACAUCUGUUGGCCAGAACAUCUUUAGAACUCAAGGAGACCGAUGCAGAGACUCCCUUGGGCCCCACUUCCCCGGUUACACAAAAAGAGACACUCAACGGAAAGGCAGCAUAUGAUGCGGUCAACUGCCAUUCGGGAAAGCUGGGCGAUGUUCAGAUAAAAUUAUCAGCUUUGACCAAAGCAUGCAACAUUUCUGUCAGCAACAAAAAGGACGAGUCUGCAGUGCCAGAAGUUAUGAGCAGUGUUUCAGCUAGAAGAACCAGCGAAAUGCACUCAACUGAAAGGAACAGUAUGACUUCAGCCGAAGAUCUGCAACCAAAUGGAACAGAACAAGACACCUCUCUUAUUGAGAAUGCUGUUAAAGAAAAUGUUAAUUCAUGUACAGCAGAAAACGAUAAACGGAAAUCUCCACAACCUUAUGUUCUAUACGUCUUACCUAGUGCAUCACAUGAGAAAAAUAUUCUACUCGAGUCAGACAGAAGCAGUGCUGCUUGUGACCAGAAGAGGUCAGUACAAGAUGGAGUUGAAGUAAGUGAUAGUAUGUCAUCUAAAAGGAGAAGAAUAAGGCACCGAUCAGACUUUGACCUUUCCGGGACUCCUUGCACAAAUUCAUUGUCUCUGAACCACCAACUUGACAUUUCUAGCCAUAUGUUAACCGUGACAAAUUUCUCAGAGAAAUCCCAUCCUUCAGGUCCUUACUUCACAAGGAGUUCAGGAUCCUGCAAGAGCAUGUCUCUGGUGUCAGAGGGGGGGAAUGCUGCAAGUGAUGUUUAUGGAAAUGGGAAUUCUUCACGUGGAAGAAGAAAUACAACUAGCCUAUUAAGUGGCGUCCUUGAUAACUCUCCUACCGCAAGCACCAGCAGGAGUGCAUUGGAAGGACGGGUCUUCAAAAAUUCUCAAGAACAGAAACAAAAUAAGUUGGAAGUGGAGUUUCUGACAACUGCUGCUUUGCCUUAUUGCUCUGGCAUCCUAUCUCGUAAUGAGGAAAACUGCACACAGCAGGAAGGUACUUGCUUUGAAGGUCAGAACCUAAUUGUCACGGCUGCGAGUGUGGCAGACCAGGAAAUGGCUCCUGAGAUGGAUGACUUAUCAUCUCCAAUUGCAAUAUUACAUCAAGAAAAUUAUUCUGGAACAGAACUGUUUACUCGAUUCCCAAGUUGUGAACAAGCAUCUGCGCCUAAUGCACUGUUUCAUGAGAAAUCAUGGUAUGACUCGAAUGAAUGUGUUAGGAAAUAUAAAAGUUAUGAUCCAAAGGCACAAUUGGGUGAUGAAUCUUUUGAUUGUGAUGGUUCAAUGCCAGUAAUGGAGAUCUUUGAUGUCUCUGACCAAUUGGACAGCCCAAUUAUCGGAAAAAGGCCAUUUGAGUCCCUUCACGAUUCUCACCAAUUAGGCACCAUUUGCUCAGAUCCUCCAAACAAGCAUAAUACUAACACAGCGAGUAGUUUGCAUCCGCUAUUGACAACUACUAUGCCCGGGAAACCCAGAAACUGUUCCCUCUCUGAUGAUCUACAAUACAGUGCUAGUAACAGUCGCAGCGGUAUGGACUCCUUCGGAUGUGGACUUGAAUCGUUUUUUAUUUCUGAUGGCGUAGCCUCUUGCUCUUCAAAUGCUAGCAGCAGACAAGAGAUCAAUGAAACUCCUUUGACUCCAUCUGUUGAAAAGUAUAGCCAAAAACUUUCAUUAAGAUCUGGAUCUGGUUCAGAACAUAUGAGUUCUAUUCCUGAACUUGAAGUCUUCCGAAUUGAUGAAGACAACAGCAUUCCGGAAGAAGAUGAGUACCAAGACAUGGCUCCUGGAUCUGUAGAUGUGAAUUGCUCAUGCCAGCGACAAUCUGGGGGAACAGCACUUCAGGAUAUUACUGGAUUAUGUCAAAACAAUGGAAGUUCUCCGUCUCAUUCGAUGAGAAGCAUGGAUAAAGGUAACAUAGACUUGAGUGCAGAAUCUGUCAGUAGUGAGCUCACUCAUCAUUCAAAUAUCAGAAAUCAUAGCAUUAAGCCAAGAUACAAUCACCCUACUUCAGUUAAGAGAGAAGGAAAAGUAUCCCGUUCUCUUCAUGACAGAUCAGGUACGAAAGAAAUAACCAAAAGCAGAAGUGGAAGACACAGGAGUGAAGCAAAUAUUGACAAGCAAGGCACGACAGAAAUAAUCAAUAGCAGAAAUGGAAGACACAGGAGUGAAGCAAAUGUUGACAAACAAGGCACGGCAGAACUACUCAAUAGCAAAAAUGGAAGACACAGGAGUGAAGCAAAUGUUGACAGACAAUCUAAGCCUAUCAAUAUUGUUGCCAAUGUGGCAUCUUUUGUACCUCUUGUAAAACAAAAGUUGCAAUCUACAACAGUGUGCGUUAAAAAAGAUGUUAAGGUGAAGGCACUCAAGGCAGCUGAAGCUGCAAAACGUCUUGAAGAGAAGAAACAAAAGGAGCAAGAAAAGCGCAAAGCGGCUGCAAAAGCAGAGCGUGAAAGACUGAAGCAAGAGAAGGAACAAAUACAAAAACUUGAAGAGGAACAAAAGAAGAGACGAGAAGUUGAUGCGGCCGCUAAGAAGCGGCAGAGAGAAGAAGGGGAAAAGAGGGAAACGAUGAAAAGAAGAAAAUGCAUGGAUGAAGCUCGAAAGCAACAGAAGCAGCCUAUGGACAGACAACGAGUCAUGAAGGAUGAAAAAGAUGCUCGUCAAAAAGCUUCUGAUAAUAUGGCGCCAAGGAAGAAUUUGGUUGAUGUAGGCAAAAACCAAGUUAAACCUGAUGAGACUACCGAACAUGCCCUUCGAUACAAGGCCAAUGAAAGUAAGGACGAGAAAGGUGUUGCAGUAGAUGACAGGAAUGCAAGUUUUGGAUCUGAUGCUAAGGAAAAUAUCCUGAACAGUUUCGAGGAGUCCUACACAAUGACUCCGUAUAAAGAUUCUGAUGAUGAGGAUGAUGAUGAUUACGACGAACAUGUACAAGAAGCAAGGCGCAGAAGGAAAUUUGUUCCUUGUUGGGCUCGAAAGGAAAACUUGGAUAAUAUCUUACUAUCCAAUAAAGCAUUAAACCCUAGAGAAAAUUUUGCACAGAAGCUGUCCUUCAACAUAUCUGAAGUUCUUUCGGCCCACGUUCUGCAGCGCGUCGUAAGAUAGCCUUCCAUUCCAUUUGAUGAAGUAGCGGUAACAUGUUCUUCUGGCCUCCAUUUCGCCUUGGCAGUCGGUGAUGUGUAUAAGCUGACCAGCAAUCUCUCUCUUCUGUAACCUGUAAGCUAGGAAUGAUGUACGUAGGAGAACAUUGCUGUGCCACUUGACUAGUUACAUACUCCGUGCCUAGCAUCGAUCAUUGCUUGGUCAAGUAGUAGUUUGUUUAUAACGGCUUCCGUCACAUUAUUUUCUGAUGGAGAUUGGGUAUGUAUCGGAGUGGCAGCAUGUGUAAGGAGAGUAGGCAGUUGCAGUAAAGUGAGCUCUUGUGUCCGAUGAGUAAAGUUGGACUGUUUUUUGGUGGAAAUUCCAUUCCA